GGGCGCUUUUCGGGGGCGUGGCCAAGGAAGCAUCGCUACCACACAGCCAUCAUGCUAGCUGAGGAAGUCCUGUGUAACUAGCUUUGCCAACUCAUGGGCUAUUUUUUCUUGAGUUGAUAUAUUUUUUUCCAUGGGCACCGGGAUCUAGAAUGGAAACAAUAAUUUGUAUGUGAAGGUCGUUGUUUUCUUUUGGCAAGAAGACCCGAUAGGACAGCUGUGUCGGCUAACUGUUCAGUAAGCUAGCGCGGCUAACCGUAACGCACUCGACAACAGACGCCAAGUCACAAGUCGGCGACUCGACGUUGGAGAUUUCAACCAUUACCAUGGAGAAGGCUGAUUUCUUGAAAGGACUUCCUGUCUACAAUAAGAGCAACUUCAGCAGGUUUCAUGCAGACUCUGUUUGUAAAGCAUCUAAUCGAAGGCCUUCUGUUUACCUUCCAACACGUGAAUACCCUUCUGAACAGAUUAUUGUAACAGAGAAAACCAACAUUCUCCUGCGUUACCUCCAUCAGCAGUGGGACAAAAAGAAUGCAGCAAAGAAAAGGGAACAGGAACAAGGUGAGGGCGACAGCCCAGCGCCCCCAAGGAAGAUCGCCAGGACAGAUAGCCAAGAGAUGAAUGAGGACUCAUAAGUGUGUAUGUGAGUGUGUGAGUGUGAGUGUGUGUGUAUGUGUGUGUGUAUACAGGGCAUAGUCAAUACAAACAAAGAACAGAAAGAAUAAUCCCACCUGAGCAAACACUUCUGGCCAUUCUAUACUGUGGCAGGAUGCCUUUCCUGGCAUGAAAUUAAGAGUCACCCACAGAGAAUUGGGGAAAUUUCCGAUAACAAAGCUGCCAUUUAUGACCUGCAAAUAAGUGUGCAUGGAAAAACAUAAUGAUAAAUGGUUAUAAAUGAUGUAGUUGGUUCUAGGAAAAUUUUACAGCAAUAUCUUUUCCCGAGCUAUCUCCCAAACUCACUGUUAGUCAGUGACACUUUGGCCUUGAGGACAGGACUUCAUACUGAUGUGUCUUUAAUUUGUAUUGACUAUUUCCUGUGUGGAUUAGUGUAUGUGUAUAUGUUUGUAUGCAUGCAGAGCUGUGAGUGUGUAUUGUGUGUUGUACUGUAUGUGUGAGGUGAAUGAAUAGUUGGAAAAAGUGGCAGAGUAGAUUUAAGAUCAGUGAUGGACUUGACAGAUAAAGUCAGACUUUACCCUAAAAACAGUCUCAUACUGGUACAUGACUUGUGUAGCCUUCUGUCACCUGGAGAGUCUGUCCUGAUUUGUGCAAAGAUAACAUUUGUUACUGUUUUAAUUUUAUUAUAACUAUUAUUGUUUAUGUAUGGCAAUGCGCUUCCUGCCAGCCACAGUGCCCACCCUCUCAGUUUCACUGCCUACUCUGCAACCACAUGGGGGCAAUUGCAUUAUUUCUCCACACUGUUUGAAUCAACAGAACCAAGAAUGCACUGUGAAGAACAGCACAAAGUAGAAGCAACUCUUCCAGAUUUCCCCUUAGACGUGUAUGUUUAUGGUGAAUAUGCAUAACUCCAUUCUAUCCGGGAACUUGUGCUUGUAGGAUUAAGUGUUGUCUUGGUGUUUCUAAGAAAUAUUUUUGCAUCUAGCACCACCUUCUGGCUAACUGAGGCUAGUAUGAAUAUGAUUGGCUCUGAGUUUUAGCUGUUCUGUCAUCAAUGAGUGUAAAAGGAAAAAAGAUGUUGAGCUUAAUAUGGAGUUGUAAUUCCUAAUGUCGGACUAUUUUGCACAACUUGGUAACAGCACAGAUAGUGAGGAAAAAUAUGUAAAGUAAUGUCUGGAAAAGGGAAAAACAAUACAUUAUGUGUAAAUAAUUGCCAGUACCAGAAUUAGUUUAUCCAAUGAAGUAUCUUUGUGUCUGCCUUUUUGUAAAAUAAUACAUGCCCACGGAUACAAUAGGAAACGACCCAUGUGAAGGUAAAGACGAGCCCCGGUGCCCAGUGGAUUUUAUCUUGCCUUGCAUGUUGAUGUUUUCACAGCUGGGCAUUAUAUUCCUGGACCAGUAAUAAAACUUAAGGGGUUUGGGGUUGUGGCAUUAUCUUGUGUGACUGUGGAAGGUAUUAGCCUUAGAGGCCUUACAACCUGUCAUCAUGGUUUGGACCCUUUUCCUCUCCCAGCUCAGGUCCGGGAUAGCUGUACUGUUCGUCCUGUACUUGUGACAGCCCUGGGUGGUUUUCGUCUUGAGAGCUGGCGCAGAGGAACACUGGGGCUGAAAGGGGUAUUAUAAUUUCAGCCAUAGAGUGCACAAUAAGCAUGCACAGCAAAGUGCAGUCGCCAUCCUGCCUUGUUCCUGAGAUUCAGUUUGUAUUGGUGUCACAUACUGAGCAACACUGAAUAAAGCUUUUUUUUUAUUUAAAGAAAAGAUGUUCUUAUCACUGCCCAGCAGAGUCACAUCAAAGCAUCCUGUUGUUCUGUAAGUCUACGCUGCAAUGUGGGUUGACAGUGUGGUCAGUCAUCCUCCUACCUACAGUGUAAAUAUCCUGUCUGUUUUUGAAGUGAAAAAAAAAACACAUUAUGCUUCUGCUCAGACUGUUCUACAACACCCCAGGCCUUGCCCCAUCUCAUGUGUGUUAGAUCAGAUAUGUUUUUAGCUUUACUGAAAUAAAACUGGACUGAAACUGG